UCACAAAAACUCACUCGUCGGAAAAUAUUCAUACUACUACAAGCAUACACAUUUCGAAAAAUGAAUGAUUUGUGUAAAAAACUGUCCCAUUUAUUUUCAAAGCCGAAAAACAAAACAUCAUCUAAAAUCUUGACCUCCACAUUGAAUUCCUUUCAAAACUCCAGUAGAAUUGGAAUCCGAAUCAUCGUUUCAAAUACCGUCCGAUUGACCAUCUACACCCGAAAAAGCCCUCCCAGGAUAACAAUUAACUUUCAAGGCAUUACCGCCUCCAUGAAAUAUGUAAAUGCGAUUCUAGCAAUCGAAAUUCCAAUUUCUUAUAUAUCUAUCCAGUUUGUUAACAGAGAGUGUUGGAAGUCACUAAAUCCCGAAGUAGUGUCUCAUGUCGGGAUGCUACUAUUAGAGGAAAUGGCCAAAAUGCUGAAAUCAAGCAAUGUGAAGCUAAAAAAGUUUUCUGUACGUCUUUUCGAGACGCCAUCAGACCCUAUCGAGAAAAUUCUAUCAGAUUUGGAUGUGAAAGUUUUGGUAUUGAAGACAGACUGGGAUGAAGAUGAUGAAGAUAAGAAGCCUAUUCAAAAAGUCGAAUCGGAUAACUGGAAAAAGGUCAGAGCGCUGUACAUCAACUCGUUCUAUUUGGCGGGUCCUGUUCAACAAAUCUCACAUUUGUCGACUGCCUCAUGCUUUUUCAAUUCGAUCAAUUUCGACGAUUUGGUCUUCUUGAAAAAUCAUUUCCUCGAUGCACCACAUGCACGUGAAUACGUCAUUCACUAUCGAGAAUUCGAUGGGCAUCCUAUGAUGGUACUUCCUCAAAAAAUGGGAUUAAUUACAAUCGUGGGAGAUCCAAUCGAUGUAGAUCAUUGUGAAACUGGAGAAGACAUCUACAAAUUUCACGUGAUGGACGAGAAUCACGAUAUUUCAAUUAAUUUGUGUAUGAGGGAAUACGCAAAUUUGCAUUCGAUUACUUUUACACGGGAGCCGCCUUUGGUGAAGCAGUUUUCGGACCCAAUCGUGACAAACUACCACUCGUCGACUGUCGAGUUACUCGAAAACAGCCAGAACAUUAGUGUCUUUCUAGUGAUACUGAGAGACUCCAUUAUGUUUCAACUCACUUAUCAACCGAAAACUAGCUUGGAAAAACAAAAUGCCAUCUUCGAUUAUAAAAAGCAGAUGUCUGGAUGCUCUGUGAAUUCUGAGAAUAGAACUGAAUUGGGUGUGAAUCUAGAUUAUCGUACUCUUUUUUGCACCCACUUGAAGUACUUAUUAGACAGAAUUGGAUAUUGUACAUUUGCAGCAUUUUCCUUUGUGUUCUACGGAAAAUUAAUGAGUGAAUAUGUUGUAGGAGAUGAAAGUGAUAUGUUACACAUGGAGUUUUUCAAUGUAUUCGAUAAAUUUGUUCAACCAAAUUCCAUAAAAGCAUUGGUAUUUAGUGUCAAUUUCAAAUUUCAUCCUCUCGCUAUCAAUUACAUCACCUCGGUACUCUCAUUCUUCCAACCCGGCCCGCUUCAAUCUAUCAUGCUUGACAUGGAUAAAAGGACAACCGCUAUGAACUUGGAAAGUAUUGUGCGCCUGGAACAAUGGGAACAAGCUGCUAUGAUUUUGAUGUCGGAUAUUACUGUGAAAUUCGCAAGGAGGGAUUUUGGGCAUUUGGGCAUUGCAAAAAUCAUAGCCCACCCGAUUUCUUUCGAAGAUCUAACGUUUCUAAAAGAGCAUUUUAUCACUUCUGACAUCCCUCAGAUGUUUGAGAUUAAGUAUCUCCGUUCCUCUGAGAUCAAUGUCAAUGUUGCUCAGAAACUUCUAGAGACAUUUGGACCACCAGCUCACGAAGAGUAUGCAAGUGCAGAGCAAUGUGAUCGAAUUUGGUGCCUUCCGAUUUCAAAUUCCGAGAAUUGUGUUCUCGUCAAACACAUAUUCUGUCGUCGGCGAGAGUACGGCUCAUUCAACUUCAGUCGACGCUUGGCAUCUGAGUUGGAGUUGAUGAGCACCACAUCUCCCAACCGAUCUCAAAUACUCUCUGCACUCGUCAAGAAAAUAGAAGCGUUGAAAAACUGGUCUCUCAAAGUUAGAAUAGAUGAGGGCCAGGUUCAGAUCAACUUCACUCACUCACCCUGGCCGACCAAAAGCAUCUGCUAUAAAAAUCACAGAGAAGGAUGUCUGUUGGAGUAUGAAUUUCACAAAGUAGUGUUUGAUGAGAACUUUGCCGUUGCAUCCUGUGAUGAUCUGAACUUCGUAAUGAAUAGUGUGCAAGAGUUUGACAAGUUUGAAAUUGAAUCUGGCGAGAUCUCAGCGCCAAAUCGAGACGAUGAUCCAAAUAACUCUAAUGAAACAAUUUUACCAUAUUGGUUGACUAAUCUGAAAACACAUUUGAAGCAAAGAUCACAGAUGCUUACUGUCGGAACUUUUAAGCUGAACUUGAAAAAUCACGCUCCAAACAAUCGGUUCUUUUCAAUCCUGUCACUGAUUGCCUCGGAAACUAUCGAGUUGAAGACUACUGUCCAGGAAGCAAAGUUAAAGUUGAAAGAAAUUAAUGUAACAAAUGCCAAGGAGUUUAAAGCAGAAUCGUUUCAAUUAUCCGUUCCUAUCAAAUUGUUGCUUCAUUUUUCAAAUGUGUCUGCGACGUUACAGACAGUUUCAAUUCAAGAUCUCAAUAUAUUGAAAGAGCACUUCCUGAAUUCUCCAAUCAAGCUCAAGUUUAUCAUCAACGACACUCUUUCAAAAAAUGAAGAUGUGAAUGUUACAAACCUACUGGAAAUGUUUGGAGCACCCGACCGUAUUGAAGAUGUCCUCAUGGAAUGGCGUAUUCGGACUCUUAGCACAAAAUUCGAGCUAGUCAUAGAAUACCGCCCAUGUGUUCCCAUGGGUCAAUCAUUCACUUUUGAAAGUUUUGCGAUUGCUGACACCGUAUUUGAAAAGGAACAUCAAACACUCGGUCCAAUCAAUAACCUAGCCAUGUUGCCACUCUCCUUCACUACUCGAUCCGUAAUUCUCCCCUCCACAUUGAAUUCCAUGAAAGGCGCACAACUCACUGAGAUUUACAUGUCAGUUGAACGUAUCCGAAUUACAAUAUUCUUCCGUUAUUUUCUCCAUAAUCAUGAAAAUUGUCGAACCCACGAGUAUGAACGUUAUCAGAAAGGGUGCCGGGUUAAAUGUGAUCUUCAAGAAGAGGUAGCUCGACACCAAGACUUUAUCUCGUUGGCGAUUUCCCAUUUGUCAGUGAUUCUGAAGAGUCACGAUAACAUGGUUCGAUUCAAAAUUUAUCUACGCGAUGAUUCUGAAGAGGACGACGUUGAUAAAAAGGUUCUUCAAGCCCUUGUUGAAGCGCUUAAAGAACGACAGAACAAGCUGAGAAUUAAAUAUUUAGAGGUAUAUUUCUGGAAGCGACCGCUCAUCGAACUCGCCGCCUCGCUAUUGUCAUGGUGCGACCCCAUAGAUCUUAUAAGAAUUGUUUUGGAAGCACCAUUUUUCAAAGGCAUAGUCAUCGAACCGGAAGCUUGUGAACUACUUGUCAACCUAGAACAGUGGAAAAGUGUGAGACAGAUGAUGUGUCCGUCGCUCGUGUUUCCAACUGCACUGUCAAGUUUUGAGCAUUUUUCUGCCGCUAACUUCACUGUUCCAACAAUCAGUUUGGAGCAGUUGAAUUCAUUGAAAAAGCACUUUAUGAAUUUCACCACUGAAUUCAUAUUUGCCAUUCACUUUCUCGCUUACAAAGAUCAAGACAUCAAUAAUAUGGGAGAAAGAGGACCGAAACCCCAAGACGUUUUUUGUACACCUUCUCAGGCUGAAUACGGAAAUGAAGAAUUAGGAAAUAAACGGUGGUAUUUGCCAAUGGAAAAUACGGAGUAUCAACUCGAUAUAAUUUAUCUACGUUGUGGAAGGCAAGGGGUUCCAGUGUAUAUUUUCAAGCGGGAACCUCUCAUAAAACUGCACCCACUAAGAAAAGCAGAAAAAGCGCCACCGUUUGAUAUGCUGCGGCUCGUCACCUGGUUCCCGCUGAUUAUGAAAAACAUUUUGAAUGAUUGUGCAUUCGUCUCAGUGGAAGUGCUCCGCAAUGUCUCCAAAGACAUUCGCCAGUUCGUAGAUCGGAAUCGGAGAAAUUCAAUAUUCCAAACAUAUGACAUUUCACUAAGUUUGUCCAGUGAUGAUGCCAAACUCUGUAUACGACAGUUCAACUCGCACACCAUUUUUCACUACUCCCCGCAACCAAUAGGCUGCAAGCUCAAAAUCACUGAGUUGACUCAGUUCGGACGCUUUCAGAGCAUGCGACAGCUGAAUAUGACAGACGACACCUAUAUAAACUAUCUGAUGCGUAUUCUUCAGUACAUUUUAAGAGAUCAGAGAGAUUGUCUCAACUUUUUCACGUAUGGCCUUCAUUUUGAAAAUGACAAUGAGGCAGCCGAGGCAAGAAGACAAGUCAAGAAAAUUCUCCUGCCAAAUGCACUUCGGAGCCACAAGUUCCAGUUAGUAAAUUUAGAUUUAACCGUAAGAAACGAAUCGGAAAUUUUGGAGCUUCUCGAAUGCUUUGACGCUGGAAAAUUGAAAUGUCUGAUUUUGGAAUUCGCUAGAAAAAAGGAAGAGGAGACUGGAGGGACAAUAGAAAUUAAUCGAAUAGCGGAGAUGGAUCACUGGAGAAAUCUGGAGGAGUUCGCAGUGGUUGACUAUGUGAUCAAUGCGGAUCCGUUGAACUUUAACCAAUUAUUCGGGCAUUUCAAAACACUCAACGUUUGCCUGCAAAACUUCACAGUUGAUAACUUGCUUUUCAUGAAACAGAAAUCCCUAGCAUCCUCAUUGUAUUUACAUUUCAUUUGCGAAAACUUUGAACUGGAGAACUUGUACGAGCUCAUUGGACGCCCUUUACUCGAAACUGCGAAUGCAGUCAAAUACCGAAAAUGGUUCUUCAAGUUAAUUGGCUCUAUAGAAAACACUCUGAUAUUGAUAAUUCACACUCAAAAUGGCAAAAUCCAUAUUCAAAUAACUAGAAUUCCCACAUCAGAUGUUCCCCAAAAUGCAACAAUUCGAGUUGAUUUUGAAUGA